CGCUGAAUGAUUGUGUCACGGUAAAAUCAGUCCGGGUAGAAGUGGGUUAAAGGUCCUUUAGACUGCAGUGACAGCAGCAGCAGCUCUCCGGAGGAUCUCUCGGUGGAAAAGCAGAGAAGAGUGCGGGAAGCAAAAAUGGCCAAACAACAGCAGCCGAUCAGCCCGCUGAAGAACUUCUUCGCCGGAGGUUUCGGAGGGGUUUGCCUGGUUUUCGCCGGACAUCCACUGGACACCAUCAAGGUGCGCCUACAGACUCAACCAAAACCCAAACCUGGAGAGAGCCUUCUGUAUGCUGGAACCAUCGACUGUUUUAAAAAGACCUUGGCCAAAGAGGGUGUAAAAGGACUGUAUAGAGGGAUGGCGGCCCCAAUAAUAGGAGUUACGCCCAUGUUUGCUGUCUGUUUCUUUGGAUUUGGACUCGGCAAGAAGCUACAGCAGAAGACACCUGAUGAUAUCCUUACGUAUCCACAGCUGUUUGCUGCUGGGAUGUUAUCAGGCAUUUUCACCACAGCUAUCAUGGCUCCUGGAGAGCGCAUCAAAUGUCUCCUACAGAUUCAGGCCUCAACUGGAGAGGUGAAGUAUGCAGGGCCGAUGGACUGCGUGAAACAGCUGUACAGAGAGGCUGGGAUCAGAGGAGUCUACAAAGGAACAGCUUUGACUCUCAUGAGAGAUGUUCCAGCGAGUGGAAUGUACUUCAUGUCUUAUGAGUGGCUGAAGAACCUCCUCACACCAGCAGGAAAAAGCCCCAGCGAGCUCAGCAUUCCCAGCGUGCUGUUUGCUGGAGGAAUGGCCGGCAUCUUCAACUGGGCCGUUGCAAUCCCACCCGACGUUCUCAAGUCCCGCUUCCAAACAGAUGGCCGUAAACGCAAGUAA